AUGGAUUUGUUUAUCAGGAAGGAGCUGAUUUUGGCCAAGGAAACUGGACUGGAGGAUGUGGCGCCGCAGUGCCUCAAGCUGCUCACGUGGCUGCAGGGGUGCCAGGAGGAGAUGCGCUCCCAGCAGCGCCACCUGCGGCUCAGCCAAUCCCUGAUAGAAUCCUUGCUGAAGGCUUACCUCUACCUGUUCGAGUGCUACGAUCGCUUCGGAGAAUCGCUGGCCGAUCGCUGCGAUUCCAGUGGCUUCUUUGCGGGCUGCUCCGCUCCGGAGGAUCGGAGGCAGUGCAUCCGGGAGCUGUGCACGAGUAUUGUGCGGACAAGGAAAGGGGAGGCCCAUGCGCCGCUGCUGCAUCUAAUGCACCGCACUCUCGCCGAGAUUCAGCCCGCCUGGAGUGUGAUCCGUGACCUGGACUGGAGCGAGUUGCGCCAGACGGAGUCGCUCUGCUGCAGCGACCUCAUCAGCCCCGAUCUCCAGCAGAUGCGCCGCUUGGUGAAGCGGCUGGGCCGCCUGUCCAGCCGCCAGCACAUGGAGACCGCCCUGCAGCGCGCCAUGCAGCUGGUGGGCUUCCCGGUGUGGCUGCACCUCUUUCGGGAGUCCAGGGAAAGCGAGAUCCACUCGGACUGCCACCUAGUGCGCCACAUGAUCUGCGAUACGCUGACGGAGGGCGGAACACCCGCCUGUUCCGGCUUCCUGCACAAUAUCUACCUGUUUGUAGCGCAACCCGCCCAGGAAAUGAGGUUCUGCGCCUGUCUGGAGCAUGUGCGUCUGGCCGGGAGCCUAAGUAGCUACCUAACUGGCCACUGGAGCCGUCAGCUGCCUUAUUUGGACCUGGAUGAAAUGCAACUGAGCGCAGAGGUUCCUGUAAUGGCUAUCCCGGAAUUGCCCUUAAACGAAGCCAUCUUUGUGACCCACCUGAUGCUGACCACCGGAUCUCCGGCUCGUCGCCAGUUCGCCCAGCAGCUGCGCACCCAGCUGCCCGCCCAAUUAUUCGCCCAGCUGCUGGAGCUGCUCAAUAAAGUGGCCUAUGUUUUUAGUUAA